AUGACUGUUUGUUGGAAAGUGUCCAAAUUCUUUUUUCGCUCUUUUCAUUACAUGCAGCGAGGUCAAACAUCGAACAAUAAUUCCAACGAAAGCUGUCAGGUGUUACAACGGAUUGCCCCAGCCCCAAUAAUACUAUGCAAGCAGCUCCACGUUCCGAAUACCGCUAUCGACCCAGAUAUCAAGCAUCGAAACCUGGAGCGCCGCAUUAUAAUAAAAGAUUGUACUGCUGUAAUUCCUGUACGAUUUUCUAGCCACCGCUGUUUGGUCUGUGGAAAACUGGGACACAACGAGCACGAAUGCAGAUUCCGCUACCAGGGUCCUCAGCUCCGCAAAGCACAAACUGAAACAUCGACGGAUGAAAGUACAUGUGCAUUAUGUGGUAUUCAUUGUUUAGCUUUCACAAUCUGUUUUGCCCAUUGUCCAAAUAACCCCAGAUGUCGUCGUUGUGGCGAGGAAGGACACACGGCUAGGAAGUGCAGCAACGCAGUGCUGUGUCGUAACUGCUUCCAGUUGGGCCACUGGACACGAGAUUGCACAAACGAGCCUGUCUGCGCGAACUGCAAAGAGACUGGACACAAGGUACAUGAAUGUCCGCAAUUAGUGGAACAAUCGGAAUAA